AUGUCCACUGUCCUGGUCCGCAUCCCUCACUCUGAGGGUGGCGCGCAUGAUGAUGACGAGCCCCUCCCCGCUUCACGCUUCGCAGAGCCGUCAUCCAACCCAGAUGACCCAGACCUGGCCACUGUCGUUCGGCGUAUUCGGUCCGCUAAACGUAUCGUUGUUGUGUGCGGCGCAGGUGGCGAGGCGAUUGGAACGGUGAUGGAACGCGACUUGCGUGGUACCGGACCCCGGGGAGAACGCGAAGGCCGCGCAGACCUCCUCCUCGUGGCUGGGACUUCGCUUUCCAUCCCGGGAGUUAAGAGGAUGGUCAAGGAGAUGGCUAAGAGUCUCUCGAGGAGUGCGCAACCCGUCAAAGCGGUAUACGUUAAUGCCGAACCACCCUCCAAGCCUACCGAGUGGGACGGCGUAUUCGACGUCUGGGCACAAGGUGACGUACAAGACCUAGCCGCACUGGUUGAGGAUACGUCCUUUGCCCCGCCUCUUCCAAAGACACCUCGGAGGAAGAAGGACAAUGGUCUACCCACCCCAAGCACUGGUUCGCGGAAACGCAAAGCCGAAGACGAUGACACGCCAACAAAGCGAACCAUGCUUCUCACGCCGGCCAGCACGCCUCAGAAGAGCCGGAGCUCGAGCCUCCCUUCCCCCAGCCCGCUUGCUUCUCCGUCGCCACCACCGAGGCCUGUAUUCGUAGCUGAGGAGCCAAAGCCUACUUGCGUGGCAAAGGUACAGGCUGCGAAGGGCUCGCGCAAGGUGACGCAGAAGAAGGACACUCGGAAGCGCAGGAAGCAUUCCCCAUCCCCAUCCCUCUCGCCUGAGCCAGAGGUGACUCCCACCAAGCCGGUUGCGCGCUUCUCACCUCCGCCACCACUGUCGUUUGACAUGACAUGUUUGGUGGAGCCGAACAAUGUGAGGUGCCUUGAUGAUCGAAGAUGA